AGCUCCACAGUUUCCUCCCUCCCCAGUCCUGAGGUCAUUCAUUGUGGAGGGCAGGAAGCCUUGUACAACACUGACAUGUUGGGCUGUUUCUGAUCGAUAAAAGCGGGAUCAUGAGCAGCAGGGUGUGUGGACGACUCCUACAGAGGCUGCACACAGCCGGUUCUGGUCCUGCAGCCUCUCCAGGGAGCUGGAUCUCCUGCUCCUGCAGACUCCAGGCUGGGUCCAGGUCUGUGUCAGGCAGGGGCACCAUGAAUGUCUUCAACAGGGCGAUGAAGAAGAGGCAGAAGAACUGGGCUGCGUCCCUGCAGGACGGACACCACUACGACUAUCUGAGGGACGAGGUGGGCAGUCGAGUGGCUGAUCGGGUGUACGACAUCGCCAGGACGUUUCCUCUGGCUUUGGACGUCGGUGGUGGAAAGAGUCACAUUACAGAACAUUUAAACAAAGAUGUGGUGGAGCGUCUGUUCCUGACGGACAUUUCCCCGCAGACUCUGGAGCGUAGGAAGCCGGGUGAGAUCCCGACUCAGUGUGUCCUGGCUGACGAAGAGUUCCUGCCCUUUAAAGAAAACACCUUCGACCUGGUGGUGAGCAGCCUGACACUUCACUGGAUCAACGACCUGCCCGGAGCUCUCAGACAGAUCCAGCAGGUGCUGAAGCCAGACGGGGUGUUCAUCGGGGCGAUGGUGGGCGGCGAGACGCUCUACGAGCUCAGGUGCUCCCUGCAGCUGGCUGAGACGGAGAGGGAAGGAGGAUUCUCCCCCCACGUGUCCCCCUACACCGCCGUCACAGACCUGGGCAACCUGCUGGGCCAGGCCGGCUUCAACAUGCUCACCGUGGACAUUGAUGAAGUUCAGGUUCAUUAUCCAGGAAUCAUGGAGGUCAUGACGGACCUACAAGGGAUGGGGGAGAGUAACUGCGCCUGGAACAGGAGGCCGAUGCUGCACAGAGACACCAUGUUAGCAGCAGCAGCCAUUUACAAAGAGAUGUAUGGGAGUGAGGACGGCUCCGUUCCUGCCACCUUCCAGAUCCUCUACAUGAUUGGCUGGAAGCCUCAUGAGUCACAGGCCAAACCAGCAAAGCGCGGCUCGGCCACCAUGUCGUUCGGAGAUCUGUCCAAGAUCAGCCGGCCGGGCAGCGACGGCUCGUAGGUCUGCAGGCUGGACACUGUGUGGAAUAAAUAAAGUUCUUUCUUUUGACAGGAGGUACAUGUUUAGGACAACAGACUAAAGAUGAAACUUAAACUAAACGUUAGAAGACUCUCUACCCGUUAAGCUCAUGUACCAGCAGAAAAACUAACUAAAUGACAUUUUCUUUCCUUUUUUCUGGUAAAUGUAUGUAAGAAGGUAGUUUUCCUGAAAUUUCAAUAAAGGUUUGUAAUUAGGAAA